AUGGCGCCCAACCACGAAUCCGGUGCUGGCGCUGCUGGCCUCCCGCGCAUCACCAUCCUCGGCUCCCUCAACAUGGACCUCGUCUCCUACGUGCCGCACCACCCCCUCCCCGGCGAGACCCUCACGUCGAGCGGCUUCAACACCUCCCCCGGCGGCAAGGGCGCCAACCAGGCCGUCGCCUGCGGCAAGCUCUCGCGCACCUCGUCCCUCGCCGACCCGUCCGCCGUCGUCGCCAUGCUCGGCGCCGUCGGCUCCGACGCCUACGGGCCCGUCCUCACCUCGAGCCUCGCCUCGUACGGCGUCGACGUCGCGGGUGUCCGCGCCCCGCCCGGCGCCAAGACGGGCAUCGCCAUCAUCGUCGUCGACGAGCCCUCGGGCCAGAACCGCAUCAUCCUCUCCCCCGAGGCCAACCACUCCCUCCGCCCCGAAGACUUCGCCUCCCUCCCCGCGCCCCUCCCCGACCUCCUCAUCAUGCAGCUCGAGAUCCCCCUCGACACCGUCCUCCAGGCUCUCGCCGCCGCCAGGGACGCCACCGUCCCCGUCCUUCUCAACCCCGCCCCCGCCCAGCCCCUCCCCGACGACGCCUACCGGGGGCUGGCCCACCUCGUCGUCAACGAGACCGAGGCCGCCAUUCUCUCCGGCUGCAAAGAGUCGGACCUCGACGACCUGCCCGGCAUGGAGCGCAUCGGCGCCAUCUUCAUCGGCAGGGGCGUCCAGAACGUAAUCAUCACGCUCGGCGGCCGCGGCGUCUACUACGUCACAAAGUCUGGCAAGAGCGCCCUUGUCCAGGCCUUAAAAGCAAAUGUCGUCGACACGACAGCCGCCGGCGACACCUUCGUCGGCUCGUACGCGCUCGCGGCGGUCAAGGCCGGUGCCGCCGACUUCGAUAUUGACACAGCCGUUCGGGAGGCCAACCGGGCUGCAGCCAUAACAGUCUCCCGGAAAGGAGCACAAGUAUCCAUUCCGUGGAAGGAUGAGCUAGAAUAG